GAGCAGUUUUCGUCUUUCGACCGCGUGUCUUGUAAGCCUUAACCUUCAAUUUUGCGAAGACAGUGUUACGGAGUAGUGCACCAUUUAUCUGUAGCGUAAGCGUUAUAAUAAUAAAAAAGCACAAAAUGAAGGAAGCAUUAAAUAAGAAGCGCAAGGUGUCUAAAAAGACAAAAAAAUCAUGGAGGAAACACGUCGACACGAAAGACGUGGAUAACUUCUUGGACGAAAAGAGGUUAGAGGAACGCCUUGGUGCACCGUUUUCGGAAAGAUCAGACGGUGAAUUGUUCGCCGUUGAUAAAUCGCCGGAAAAAAAGUCUGAGCUUACUUCUAAACAGCAGCGUAGACUCGCGCUGAAAUCUAAGGAACCGGUAUGUUUUGCCAUACUGAAACCCCAUACAGCUAUUCCAGAUCCAAUAGCGAAAAGGAACAGAGUAAAGACUCCGGAGGAACGUAAAAAUCCUAUAACAAGACGAAUUCAGGCGAUGAAAAGAUUAAACGGGCAAUUGAAGCUCAAGGAGAUUGAUGCAAACAAGAAUAAAGCACUCGCUGAAAAGAAGCGAGUGAACAAACCAAAGCUCGGUCAAUUUGACAAAGAUAUAUGGAUGGAGAAAAAGAAGGUUCACAUGGAUGUACAGAGCGAGUGGCUCACCUCCGACACAAUUCGUCAUACUCUAGCCAACACUGGGCAAAAACAGAAGAGAGUUCCUUUAUCCCUUAGCAAUAAACCCUCCGUAGUUCCAGCUGUACAAGCACCUCAUCCCGGUACCUCUUACAAUCCGUCUUACACCGACCAUCAGGAGCUGCUGGCAGUAGUUGCCAAAAAGGAAAUGGAGCUUAUGAAGCAAGAGGCACACCUGGACAGGGUUACUACAAAGAUGUUUAAAAAAGUGUCUGCAGACAAGAAAAACGAUAGCUGGAUGCAAGAAAUGUCCGAAGGAUUGCCAACAAAAUCUAAAACGCCGGAUGAAACUUCUAACACCGAGGACCAUGAUCCAAACGUAAAAUCAGUAAAUCCACCAUCAAAGAAUGAAAAGAAACCACUUGUUAAAAGGCGAAAGCAAAAGGAACAAAGGCAACUUGAGUUGGAGAGGAAACAGGCUAAAGUUGAAAAGAAAAAAGUGGCAGAUAUUUAUAAGAUUAAAAAAAUCGCCACACAAAUUUCUGCUAAAGAAAAGAAGGAGGAAUUUUUGAGAAAAUUACGAGCGCAAACCAAGGAAAGAAAAAUUGCUGAACCCAAGACUCUUAGCAAAGUCAAAUUUGAAGCUCCAGAGCCUGACUUUGAACUCGCUGAAGAACUCGUUGGCAACCUGAGAAACUCUAAGACCGUAGGAAACUUGCUUAGGGAUCGAUACAAGUCUCUUCAACAGAGGAACAUUCUUGCACCAGGCACCCGAAUGCUAAAACUCAACAAGGCUAAAGUUAAGAAAUUUGAAAAAGCAAGUCACAAAAUGGGCUGGGAAGACACCUUUAAAUAGUUGAGCGAGCGAGUUUACUUCCACCACUGAAACCCAUUCUCUGACAACAUCUAACAGUUCGUUUUUAAGGAAAACGUUUUCACGCAUCAAUCGAUGAAUUGGUUCAGCUAUAGAUGUAGCAACUUCUAUUUGAAACGUUCCAGCUAAUCCUCGGAGGCGCGCGUACAUUUC